AUGAUCCAGCUCCACAAAGGGGAGUUCUACAGCGUCAACGUCACCUUCACCAGCAACACCCAGUCUCAGAACAGCACGGCGUUGGUUCACGGCCUGGUGCUUGGCGUCUUGGUGCCCUUCCCCAUCCCCGAGCCCGACGGCUGUAAGAGCGGCAUCAACUGCCCCAUUGAAAAGAGUAAAACCUACAACUACCUGAACAAGCUGCCCGUCAAGAGCAAAUAUCCCAGUUUUGAAAUAGCAGGGACCCAGACCCAGAAACCAGAAAAGACAAUGCCCCCUCAGGAAGCAUCUCUGAGAGGAUUUAAUGGUACUCGGGAGCUACUUGGGGUGCUGGACUUAAGCCUCUCUUGGCAUCUUUAG